AUGGCGCCUCCCGCCGAAAUCUCCAUCCCCUCGACGAUUCUUUCCACCGGCGAGUCGAAACCUUUCACCCUCUACAACAUCACCCUGCGCCUGCCACUGCGCUCCUUCGUCGUCCAGAAGCGCUAUUCCGACUUUGCCAGCCUCCACAGCAGCCUGACGACGCACGUGGGCUCGCCACCGCCGGCACCUCUACCCCAGAAAUCGUGGUUCAAAUCGACAGUCUCGUCGCCCGAGCUCACCGAGAACCGCCGUCGCGGCCUGGAGCACUACCUCCGCACCAUUGCCGAAUCGCCCGACCGCCGAUGGCGCGACACGCCCGCCUGGCGUGCCUUUCUCAACCUCCCGUCGGGCGGCUCGGCCGCCGGCUCGGCCAUCUCGUCAGGCGGUCUGUCUAGGCCGCAGCAGGCUGGCGCCGGCGACCCGGGCACCUGGCUCGACAUGCACCGCGAGAUGAAGGCGUGCCUGCACGAGGCGCGGCUGGCGCUGGCGCGGCGCGACGGCGCCGCCGAGGCGGGCAACGGCACGGGCGCCGCGGAAGCAGGCGCCGCGGCCAAGCGCGCGCUCGUCAAGGCCGGGACCGUGGGGUUCAGCCUGACGGACGGGCUCAAGGCCAUGCAGGAGGGCGGGCGGCUGGGCGACGGCGAGCUGCGGCGGCGGCGCGACCUGCUGUCGAGCGCCAAGGUCGAGAGGGAGGGGCUCGACAAGCUGAGCAACAGCUUUGCGUCGGCGCAGGUCGGCCACCAGGGCCAGGGUGGCGGCGGCGGGCGCGAGGGCAUCGCGCCGGCCGGGGACAAGGCGGCGCUGCUCGGGGCGGCGGCGUCACGGGCAAGGACCGGCGGCCGCGUGCUCGGCGCGCCGCUGCCCGAGACGGAGAGGACGCGCGAGCUCGACAACGAGGGCGUGCUGCAGCUGCAGAAGCAGAUGAUGGGCGAGCAGGACCAGCAGGUCGAGGCCCUCGGCGCCAUCAUCCGCCGUCAAAAGGAGAUGGGCUUGCAGAUCAACGAGGAGAUUGAGGCGACGACCGACAUGCUCGACCGCAUGAACGAGGACGUCGACCGCGUCGGCGGCAAGAUGCGCGUCGCCAAGAACCGCAUCAAGAAGCUCUGA